UGCUGUGUUACUAUAUUGCAGCCAUGGGUGUGCUGAUGUCCAAGAAACAGCAGGUGGAGAAGGUGCAGAAGUGCAGCGCGGUGGUGUCUGCAUUUAAAGACACUCUGAAGGACCGGGCAGCUCCAGCGGCUGUGGCCCAGACUGAAGAGGUCAUAGCCGAGAACGGGGAAGGAUCUGCUGAUGGAUCUCACCAGGCUAACAAAGAGCACACUGAACAGAAAGACAAGGACAGCAAACCAGGGUCAGUACCAAAUCAGCAGGCCUUAGCUCUGCCCACAGAGGAGCAUAAAGCCAAUCAGGAGGCUUGGGGGCGGCUCCGGGAUGGGAAGGUGGAGCCUGAGGAUCUAAAGAAGGCACAUCAGCUCACUCCUCCUACGUUUGUGCGGCCAAAGAGAGAGGUCAACGACGACCAACCGGUAGAUGUGCCACUUGGGCAAAGAGAGCAGCCCAUCAACGAUGAGAUAUGCUAUUUGUGUGAGGUUUGGACAGCAGACGAUCUGUUCCCCUGCCGGACGUGCACCGGGGUCUUCCACGACGGCUGUCUGCGGGAGGUGGGUUACCUGAGCACUGAAGCCCUGCAGGGAAUGAUGAGGAGAGACGUUUCCCACACCACGCAGUCGGGCUUGAGCUGCUAUUACUGCGAUAAUGUGAACCUGCUGCUUACUGAAGAAGAGAUGUACAGCCUCAUGGAAACCUUCAAACAGUGCAAGAUCAUCCCAGAGUCAUGCCUGGUGUCAGAUGAACUCCUGCAGUACAGGCACUUUGUGACCAAGCAGCUCUUUGAAAGAGACUUGACCGAUGAGGAGGAAGAGGAGGUUCUGGCACAGUUUGCAGCCCUGGAUCCAGACAAGAAGGGUCAGAUUGAGUGGUCUGACUUCCUCUACCAUGAGUCACUUUCAGUGCUACAGAAAUUCCGGACCGAGAAUUCGCUGCUGAGAAUUCUCACAGCGAAGGAGAGGGAUCGAGCACGGGCCGUAUUUCAGAGUAUAGACCAGGACGAAGAUGGGAUCAUUACUGCCGGAGAAGCCAGAAAAGCCCAAACCUCCUGGUUCCACAAGAUUAACAAAGAAUCACAGUCCUGCAGUGUCAGUAUCAGCCAUGUUGGUCCAAUAUCUGAGAGCAGUCCUGCCAGUUCCAGCAGCGAGAGAAGCAGAGAUAAAGCUUUGGAGAAUGACAACAGACCGGUUACCUGGGACAACUUCCUGAGGGAGAGUGCUAUCUACAUCCUGGCUGCAAGGCCCAACAGCUCAGCCAUGCACGUCCGUUUGCCACUCUAACCAUGGCCACAUAGCCUGAGACUUCCAGAGGGGCUUUCCAGGUCUGGAUUCACAAGAGAGCGGUGCUGUGAACUAAACCGAGAGUCACAUGAGUGUUAAACGCAAAAGAGCACGCCUCCACACACUAAGACCGCACAAGCCAUCGAC